GACCGUCGUCGGUGAGCAGCGGGCGUCCGUUGCCUGAGUGCGCGUCGAGCUUCGCCGAGCGGUCCGCUCAGCCGCCGCCCAGCGUCGCGGGCUUGUCAGGAGUUCAGCGAAGUGCCCGAGGGGAUCCUCCCGACGGUGCGGCCGCGGGCGGCCGCGCACGAGGACGGCAGCAGCGGCGCUGGUGCGCUGCCCUCGCCGCGGCUGCCCAGACCAGCGGGCGAGGGCGAGGACGGUGGCGGCGGCGCGCCGCCGAGAGGGGGUGGGGAGCCGCCAGCGCGGCGCCCCCUCGGGGCCUCCGCCGCGGCCCCCAAGACCUGCAGGCGCGGGCGAGGAGCCCGAGGCGGCCGAGGCCGCGGUGCGCCGGACGGUCGCGUCGCUGCUUGCCGCCUGCCGCCGCGGCUGCGCGGCCGCGGGCGCCGGAGUAG